GCCCACCGGCAGCAAUGUGAGCAGCGACCUCCGCGGCGUUCGCUCAAGAACAUCCAGUGCGCCCACUGCACGAAACGGUUCGCGCGCGAGGCUUCCUACCAGCUGCACCUCAACUUCCACAACGGCAUCCGGACGGUGCAGUGCCGCAACGAGGGCUGCACCAAAAUGUUCACCAUCGGCAAACGGCGCUACGAGCACGAAAAAAACUGCAUCAAACCGCAGAACGUCCACAUUUGUCCCAUUUGUGGGGCCCAGCUGCGGACGGACAAAACGCUGCGCGAGCACGUUCGCAAGCACCGGGAUCCGCGAUUUGAGUGUGCGCUUUGCGAGAAGCGUUUCAAGACCAACGACGAACUAAAGAAACACACAGCGGUCCAUACUGGCGAGCGGAAGUUUCAGUGUCAAACAUGCGGAAAGAGGUUCAAGUCGUACGAGGCCAAUCGGGUUCACCAGCGGAUUCAUACCCAAGAAACGCCGUACGCCUGUACGGUGUGCGGCCAGCAGUUUCGGUACAACUGUUUGCUCAAAACGCACAUGGCGAAGGGGCAUUGAGAGCGCGUGUUAAGUUUGUUAAUGUAAGAAACUUCCCCUUUUAAAGUUAAUAAAAUCCUAAAGGUUGCAUAUGGGAUUAGUGAGGUUACCUACCCAUUGCGCCAGCCAAAAAACAACAAUAUAGGCGCCACC